CUAUUACACUCCUCCACCGUAGCUAUAGGCUCUUCCUUCUUCAAUCUUCAUCGCACGACCCAAAUUCGGAGUUCCAACAAUCCAAAGCUUGUAGCGUAGUACCAAUUACUAGUCUAAGCAGUCGGUACUUCGUGAUCGAGUGAGGCGCACUCUCUCCUCGAGCUUCCAGCUUCAACAAUGGCUACUGUUAUGCAAAAAAUCAAAGACAUCGAGGAUGAGAUGGCCAAGACCCAAAAGAACAAAGCUACUGCCCAUCAUCUGGGCUUGCUCAAGGCUAAGCUUGCGAAGCUACGGAGGGACCUUCUUGCACCUCCAUCCAAAGGAGGUGGUGGUGCUGGGGAAGGUUUUGAUGUUACAAAAAGCGGAGAUGCAAGAGUUGGUCUAGUGGGUUUCCCUUCAGUUGGGAAAUCAACGCUUCUGAAUAAAUUAACUGGGACUUUUUCAGAGGUCGCUUCCUAUGAAUUCACUACAUUGACUUGCAUCCCCGGCGUGAUCGUAUAUCGAGGAGCUAAAAUUCAGUUGUUGGAUCUCCCUGGUAUUAUCGAGGGUGCUAAGGAUGGUAAGGGUAGAGGGAGACAGGUCAUCAGUACUGCAAGGACAUGCAACUGUAUUCUAAUUGUUCUUGAUGCAAUAAAGCCAAUAACUCACAAACGCUUGAUAGAGAAAGAGCUUGAAGGAUUUGGCAUUAGGUUAAACAAGGAACCACCUAAUCUUUCCUUCAGGAAGAAAGAGAAGGGUGGAAUUAAUUUCACCUCAACAGUUGCCAACACACAUCUGGAUCUUGAAACGGUGAAGGCAAUAUGUAGUGAAUACAGAAUACACAAUGCUGAUGUCAAUCUUAGGUGUGAUGCAACUGCUGAUGACCUCAUUGAUGUUAUCGAGGGUAGUAGGAUCUAUAUGCCUUGCAUCUAUGCAGUAAACAAAAUUGAUCAGAUAACAUUGGAAGAGCUGGAGAUUUUGGAUAAACUUCCUCAUUACUGUCCAGUAAGUGCUCACCUGGAAUGGAACCUUGAUGGUCUGCUUGACAAGAUAUGGGAAUAUCUUGCUUUAACUCGCAUAUACACAAAGCCCAAGGGUAUGAAUCCGGAUUACGAAGACCCUGUAAUCCUGUCAUCCAAGAAGAAGACAGUCGAGGACUUCUGCGAGCGAAUUCACAAGGAUAUGCUCAAACAAUUUAAGUUCGCACUGGUUUGGGGUUCAAGUGUGAAACACAAGCCCCAGAGAGUUGGCAAGGAGCAUGAACUUGAAGAUGAAGAUGUCGUGCAAAUCAUCAAAAAGGUGUGAUGAUAGUAUUCUGUAGUUUUACAUCAGUUGGUGGUGCCCUUUUUGGUGAUAGGAAUAGGCGGCAGUAGGUAAAGCUUACUUGAGUCGGUAAGCUUUGGCUCAUGUCUUAUUUUUGUUAGAGUUCUGUUUGUUUGAUCUAAGUACAGCUUGAUGUGUGGCUAAGCCAUGUUGUACUAAAGCCUAUUUUGUAAUCGUUCAUCUAUUCCCUAGCUUGUUUUUAAGAUAAAUUUAUGUCACAAUACAUUUGGUGAAACUAGAUUUAGCUCUUGGUUUGAAGAACUUUGAACUCUGGUAA